AUGGAAAUCAGGUAUUCACAGCUGUGUUUUCUACCUGUGUUUCUGUUUAUAAAUGGAGUGUCUCUGCAGCAGAUUGUUGAGGGAUUUAUUGGAGACUCUGCUGUUUUACCUUGUUCUUCUGAAGAACCUCUGAUUAGAAUUCAAGACAUAGAUGUGCACUGGAGAAUCAAGUACACCCAGACUGUGUAUGAUAUUAUUAAUGGUCAAGUCUCUGUGGAAGGACAGGAUCCAGAGUACAAGAACAGAGUUGAAAGUUUCCCCGAGGAGUAUCUGAGAGGAAUCUUCUCCAUCAAACUCAACAAUCUUCAACACACUGAUGCAGGCGUAUACCAGUGCUACAUCAACAUGAGGGAAUCAGUUAUCAGGAGUGUUGACCUUUUAAUUAAAGAGAGAACAAGAAGACAACUCCCCAUUGAAGGCACAGAAUCAAGACCAGAGAUGACUGUUAUGAUCAUUUCUGUUCUGUUUAUUGGUAUUAUAUCUUCAUUGGCUAACUGUGUCACAGGGGUUUCUUCAUAAAUCACAGCGUCCCAAGCCUGGAUAAAGGAGGAGGAGCUGGAGAACUACUCAAUAUAUUCACUACAGUAUCAUCCGAGCAGGUGUUUCUCAUCACCUGAUGUCUUCAUGAAUGAAUGUCAGCUAAGAGAGAGGGGGGGGGGGGGGGAGAGAGAGAGAGAGAUCGGGAAAGAUCCAUGAGCCGGGAUUCAAAUUCAGGACUCCAGCAGCGCAGCGGCUCUGUGUGACGGCGCCAGCAAUAUAUUUAACUUUUCUGAACUAUCUUGUAGAGUUAGAAAUAUUACGUUAUUAACAAGUAAUACAUAUUCAGAAAUGUUUUUACAGGACCUGUUCAAUGUAUGAAUCAUGUACAGUAAUAAAUCUCUUGUUUUGUACGGUAUAUAUAGUUUAUAUAAUUAAUUGCAGAUUUAAAUAAAAAAUAUGGAUAAUUAAACAAUAUUGUAUUUAUUUCUCCCCCAAAAGUAUUAAAUCUGAUGAAAAUCAUCAACAUUAAACAACUCAAAAGUAAAUCAGAUCACUGACAAAUUAGAGGGAAAUGUGCUUAAAUUUUAUGAAAACAAC